AUGACCAAUUUCUCUUUAACCAAAUAUAACAAACCAACAAUACUCAAAAAUUGGUCAACACAAUUCCUACCAGCCACAAAAGGAGUUAGAAAUCUUGAAUCAAAAUAUACUAGAAAUAAGAUAUUCAAUUAUGUUAGAAGUUUCAACAAAAUAGACAAUGGUCGUGGUAGAUCAAUUAGAUAUCAAGAUGUUGAUUCUUUGGGAUGGUUGUUAUCAGUGAAAACAAAGUUACCAUCAUUACUUCGAGAAAAGAUAUUAAAGAGUGUUGAAGAUCUUUGCUUUCCAUCGUACAAUGCAAUAUUAGAUUUAUGUGAUUUGGACUUGGAUCUAUUUAAAGUGGUCUAUCAACAUUUUAAAAUGGAUGGAAUCGAUAGAUAUGUUGAAUUACUCGACCGAGCAUCGGAAAGAGGUAGACUGGAUAUAGCAGAGUAUCUCAUAUCACAAAGACAUCCAAUGAGUACACGUGCUAUCGAGGAGGCAGUUGCCAAUGGUCAUUUGGAGGUUGUCAAGCUGUUGUUAGAUUGCGAUUACAUUCAAGAUGCUCCAGCACAAAAGUUUCAUCCAAGAGAACCAGCAUACCAACGUGCAGCCAUCUCUGGUCAUUUACAUGUGUUGCAGUAUUUGGAUAGCAUCAAACCCAAAUACCCAUUUCAAACAAAUGCUAGUAUAAUCUCUCGUGUCUGCGAGAGUGAUAGAGAGGAUAUUGUCAGAUACCUAUUCGAUCAUCGAAAGGAUAUUCUAUUUAAUCGUAGAGCAGUGAUUGAUGGUGCAAUGGGUGCUAUUGGUAAUUGCAACCCUUCACUUUUGACAUUCCUCAAGUCGAUCGACCCUCUGACCGUAAUACCAGCAGUGGUUUACGAAAUCUACCCAUACAGUGAAUACAAACUGAUUCCUGCCGUAGAAAAAGGGGACCCCGAAUCAUUCAAGGCAUUCAUGGAUAUGGGUGUGUUUGGUAACCAAUUACACCCCAAAUGCAUUCCAUAUGCUAUUGCCUCUGGGAGCUUGGAUUUGGUCAAACUUUUACUCACCGAAUAUCGCGAAUUUAUUCAUCCACCAUUACCAUCCUCAUCCUACACUAUAGAGAGUGUUGGGGCAGCAUGCCAAACAAAUAAUCUAGACAUGGUCAAGUUGGUAAUGGAGAAUAUGAGGACAUCAGAACCACACCCUCGCUCACUCUUGUCCUUUGCAACUAAAUCGGGCAACAAAGAGAUUAUAGAAUAUGUCUAUCACAACACAGAGACGAUUGGUACCUUUGGUAUCACGAUACAUUUCUCGGAUCUAGACACUAUCAAGUUUAUUCACAACCUCCUAAGAUUAGAUGGUGGUGGUGAUGGUGCACCGUCUUACAUGUUCGAAGAAAACGAUGUAAUCAAGGCAUUUUCAUACCAUGACAUUGCGCUCAUGAACUAUCUUUUGGAUAUCCGUCCGAAUAUAUUAUUUUCUAUGCGUAAUGCACUCGAUUCUAUCUGCUACAGUAAAGAAACAGCCAUACGAAUUAUGACAAGCUUUUCAAGUCUCAAUGAGCCUCUAGGUUAUCGUCCAGGCAACAUGGGUCUUUUAAACGUUUGUCAACAUGGAAACCUUGACCUCUUGCGUCACUAUAUCGAUGUGUUGGUAUCAGAGGGCGAUGGACCCAGUCAAUAUAUGAAAAAUAGAAUGUUUACAGUUGCAAUUAUAUCAAAGCAUCUCCAUAUAGCUCAGUAUGUUCACGAUGAACUAGGAUUGAUCAGAAAUUUGGAUUCUGAUUUUAUGGAUAGAAUAUUAUUUUGGGGCGAUCAAGAGGUUUUAGAAUAUGUAUUACAAAACAAAUAUUGCAAAGAGAAUAUAAAAAUCAACAGUAAUAUGCUUAGACAUGCAUCACAUGACUUGGAAACAAUGAAAUGUAUAUUUAGAUUCAGAAAAGGAACAUCGGUGGUCCCAGAAAUGAUCAAAGGUGCAAUCACUACCGGUCAUCUUCAAAUGGUCAGAUUCCUUGAAUCUAAACUACCCAAAAAUAACAAUCGUCUAGCCAAAUAUAUUCUACCGGAUAGCUUUGAUGGUGCCAUUGAACGAAAGAAUGUUGGUAUACUUAUGGCACUCAAAGAACAUUUCCUUCCCAUCAUUAAAAAUAAUUUAUUAUCCGAGAGUAUAAUACCUGCUUGGAAUGAAAUUAAACAUUUAAUGAUAGAAUAA